AACUGUUCAAACACGUAUAACAAUAUUGUCUGUAAUAAUAUCUCUCCAACAUGCAGUGUAUUAAAGUCACGAUUUCAUCACUCCUAUUAGCAGUGUUAAUGGUUUUAUGUAUGCUGCAAAUGGCGUCAGCCGGAUAUAGCUUUGGGUACGGCGUUAAUGACCCAUCGUCCGGUGACAUCAAGGACCAACAGGAGACAAAGAAUGGUGAUCAGCUAACGGGCUACUACAGGCUGCUGGAUUCCGACGGUUUGGUCAGAACAGUCAACUACCAAUCGCAUCCAUUGACUGGUUUCACGGCUCAGGUUAACAGAGACCCGAUCGGUAUGGAGGGCCAGGCUAAAUACAGGUCAGCGGAUGCUGUAGCAGCGGAACCACAAAAGUCAUGGCCUGCAGUUCCACGCACACCCCUUAUACCCACCGUCCCAAUCGCACGUUUCGACGAUGGAAUGGCGUACGGAAUUCCAGAAGGUUACCCACAAUGGUAGGCGCCCAUUGAUAUUAUUAUCAUUCAGAGAUCGCGCUUAACUCAUAUUAUGUUGCA